AUGGCUAACCGGUGGCUUGUUACAAGACGACUCUCUUCCCAAAUGCAGCCCUCCUUCGUUACCACUCCAAUAUUCUACGUUAAUGCAGCACCUCAUAUAGGUCAUCUCUACUCAUCUGUGAUUGCCGAUGCGAUUCAUCGCUUUAAUAAAAUGACCCGGUCGAACAAACCCGACGAUUGCUUUUUGAGCACAGGAACCGAUGAACAUGGACUGAAGAUUCAACAAGCCGCUAUAAAGCAUUCUACCUCAACCGAGGAUUAUUGUAAUGCUAUUGCUUCGAAGUACCGCGAACUAUUUGGCAGAUUCAAAAUCGACUACACACGGUUCAUCAGAACUACCGACACAGAUCAUCGUCAAGCAGUUCAUGCUUUCUGGAGAUCGUUAGCCGCCUCCGAUAGUAUAUACACGGCGAACUAUUCUGGCUGGUACUGUGUACCGGACGAAACAUUCCUCACCGACAGUCAGCUGAAGGAAAAUGAAAGGGGUGAAAAAUGCUCCAUCGAUUCAGGGCAUCCGGUUGAUUGGACAGAAGAAGAAAAUUACAUGUUUCGCUUAGGUCGCUACCAGGACGAUGUGCGGUAUUGGGUGAAGGGCCUCGAAGGGCGCCGGAUUCAACCCGACAAAUUUGCUCGCAUACUGCUGGGCUACUUAGAGGAGCCUUUACCCGACAUUUCUAUUUCGCGACCAAUGAAUCGGGUAUCCUGGGGUAUUCCUGUGCCAUCAGACCCGUCGCAAUCGGUGUACGUGUGGCUUGAUGCACUGGUAAACUAUUUAACGGUUGCAGGAUAUCCCAAAGAGAACUUCUGUACCCGAUGGCCGCCGACGGUGCAGGUUUUGGGAAAAGAUAUCCUUAAAUUUCACGGAAUCUAUUGGCCUGCCUUCUUGAUGGCUGCCAAUUUAGAACCACCGCAGCAGCUGUUGGUACAUUCUCACUGGACUGUUGAUAAUCAGAAAAUGUCGAAAAGUAAACAUAAUGUGGUGGAUCCGAACGAACGAGCGGAACUGUUCACACAUGAAGGUCUUCGCUACUUUCUACUACGUGAAGGUGCGGCACACAGCGAUGGAAAUUACAGUGAUACAAAAAUUCUGCGAGUCCUGAAUUCGGAACUGGCCGACACACUUGGAAAUCUACUUUCGCGAUGUUGCGGUAAAGCGCUCAACGCUGCAUCUAUUUUCCCGGCGGUAGAUGUCGAUGCUUUAGAAGCGUUGAAAGAAGUUGAUGCUACAAAACGGAUGCUGGAAGCACUGGAAGAAAUGCCAGACAAAACACUAGGUCAUUACAAAAAUUACAACUUUUACCUCGUAGCUGAUACGGUAGUCCAUUUACUGCACACUGCAAAUAAUUUCUUCGAAACCACUGCACCGUGGAAACUGAAGAAAAGUGAUAAUUGUGCUGAUCGUGCCAAGCUUAAUACCAUACUUUCUAUAACAAUGGAGGUGCUUCGUCAGGCAGGAAUCGUUACCCAACCGAUCGUGCCCGGGCUUUCGAUGCAGUUGCUGGAUAAAUUACAAAUUUCUCACUCAGCACGAUCGUGGAAUGAUCUGAAGGUACGUUUUUCAACGCGGGAUACUCCGUUGGCUGAAGGCGAAUGCAUACUUUUCCGGCGUAUUGUACCACCAGCUCCAACCGCUAACGAACUGGAUCGUCCAGAAAAACAUUCAUCACUAAAAAAGCGGAAACAGUCGUCGUGA